AUGAGUCAAUCUCAUAAAGAUGAUAGAGAUUUAGUGAGAAGAAUUUACAUUCAAAGAAAGCCUUGUCAGCCCAAAGACUUUAUAUUUCCUCAAACUUCUAUUUUUGGCAAAAACCGUCGCUUUUGUGCUAAGUGGUUUGAUACUUGGACUUGGCUUGAGUAUAGUGUGGAAAAGGAUGCUGCCUAUUGUUUCCCUUGUUAUCUAUUCAAGGAUGAAAAUUCAUUUGGAGGUGAUGCUUUUGUUAGUGAUGGUUUCAAAUCAUGGAAUCGAUCGGAUUUAAUAAGAAAACAUGUGGGUAAGCACAUGAAUGCACAUAAUAAUGCAGUGUUAGCUAUGGAUUUGUUCAAGAAGCAAAAGUCAAGCAUCACACAAGCCUUGACAAAACAAACCGCUGAGAGUACAAAUGCAUAUAGGAAGCGACUUGAAGCUUCAAUUGAAUCAAUCCAAUGGCUUUUACUCCAAGGGUUGCCUUUCCGUGGUCAUGAUGAAAAAGAAAGUUCCUUAAGAAGAGGUAACUUUCUUUCACUUUUAUCCCUUAUUUCCAAAGGUAACCCUGAAUAUUCUAAAGUUGUUUUCAAAAAUGCUCCUAGUAAUUGUCAACUUACUUCUCCAAAAGUCCAAAAAGAUAUCAUAAAUGCAUGUGCAAAAGAGACAACUAAAGCAAUGGUUGAAGAUAUUGAUGGUGGUUUGUUUUCUAUCCUUGCUGAUGAGUCCGCUGAUGUUUCUGACAAGGAACAAUUGGCUCUUUGUUUGAGAUAUGUUAAUAGAAAGGGAGAAGUGUGUGAGCGUUUACUUGGUAUUGUGCAUGUUGUAAACACUGCUUCUUUGACUCUCAAAACUGCUAUUGAAUCCUUAUUAAUGGAGCAUUCUUUGUCUUUCUCUCAAGUACGGGGUCAGGGUUAUGAUGGGGCAAGUAAUAUGCAAGGUUCUAUUAAUGGCCUUAGGACUCUUAUAGAGAAUGAGUGUAAAGAAGCUUAUUUUGUCCACUACUUUGCUCACCAACUUCAAUUGACUCAAGUUGCACUUGCUAAAAAGAAUUCAGAUUGUGCUUGGUUAUUUGUUGAUGUACUUGCACCUCUGUUGAACUUUGUGGGGGGUUCACCAAAAAGGAAAGAGUUUCUUCGUGAAAAUCAAGCUCAAAGUUUAAAUCAAGAACGUGGAUUAGGUAGACCUUGUGAUACUCGUUGGGGAUCUCACUUCAAGACAAUCUUGAAUGUACUUGAUUUAUUCCCUGUAAUCCUUGGUUCUCUUGAGGAUAUUGCAAAAGUAUCUGAUACAAUAGAUUCUAAUAGAGCUCAAACACUUACAAAUCUUCUGAUGUCCUUUGAUUUUGUGUUUGUGGCAAACUUGAUGGUUAGUAUAUUUGAGAUAACAAAUGCUUUGAAUGUGGCCUUACAAAAGCACGAUCAAGACAUUGUGAAUGCAAUGGCCAUGGUUAAUGUAACCAAGACUAAUUUGCAAAAAAUGAGAGAUGAAGGAUGGGAUUCUCAUAUGGAACAGGUCAUUUCUUUUAUUGGUGACUAUGACAUUGCAGUUCCAGAUAUGGAGGCUAAAUAUGUUGUUCCCGGGAGGAGGUUGUUUCGAGUUUUUUUUGGUGUCAUUGAUCUUCAAUUGCAAGAACUUGAAAAUCGAUUUCCCAAAAUAACUAAAGAACUACUUGUGUGUAUGUCUUGUUUGAGUCCUGUGGAUCGUUUUUCUAAGUUUGACAAGGAAAAAUUGAUUAAGCUUGCGAAAUUCUAUCCUAAUGAAUUUCCAAGUUCAGAAUUGAUAGUCUUUGGUCAUACACUUGAGAGUUACAUUUGUUCUGUUAGAGGAGAUGAAAGGUUUUGGAAUUUGAAGGGUCUUAGUGAGCUUUCAAUCAAAUUGGUUGAAACGGGAUUGUCUGAAACUCAUGAUAGGGUCUAUUUACUUUUGAAGUUGGUGUUGCUUCUUCCUGUCGCAACGGCAAGUGUGGAAAGGGUAUUUUCUGGCAUGAAGCAAGUGAAAGACAAACUACGAAAUAGCAUGGGGGAUCAAAUGUUGAAUGAUUAUCUGAUAAACACUUUAGAAAUGGCGAGCACUGAUAGUACUGCAACUUCGGGAGAAGUUUUUAAUCAUCCUGCGUGGAAGCCAACGGUAGGGAACUCUAAUAAGGAGAAAAUUUUAAGUUUUGUAUUGUAUUUUGCUAGCACGACAAAGAAGAUGAAUAGUCAUUUAGAGAUCUUGUUGCGAAGCACUGCAAACUCGGAGAAGAAAUUUGAGAAAGGAGAACAAAAUAGCAAAAGAAAGGGAUAUGCUGUUGAUGCCGGAAGUCAUGCAAAAGUGAUUAUUAUUGAUUCAAAUGAAGCUGUAGAAAAGCGUGCAACGACAAAUAUACUGAUAGCUAGGGAAGUAGGUGAGGGUGACAAAGUGUCCGAUUCAAAAUUCUGA